AAAUCACACUCCAGCACAGCAGGUGGCGAUAUAUCCUGAGAGCUGCUGUGCAACUCGCCAAUAACCCCACAGAAGAAGAAGAAGAAGAAGGAGAAGAAGCAGCUGUCGCUCCUGCGGCUCUUCUGAAUCAAAGGACAAAACACACAGAAACACUGCUGCUGAAGCGCCUGAUGUCCACGUGUCAAUAAAGAUGGCGUUUAUUAAAGAGGAGAGUGAAGACUUCAGGAUUGAAGAAGUGUUCAGUCUGAAACAAGAUACUGAGGAACAAACAGAACUGAUGGCACUGAAAGAAGAGAAGCAAGAACUGAAAAAGACAGAACAGAAUGAUUUCAUGACUGUGGAAAAAUCCAUACCGGCUGAAACGUCAUCACAGAAAAAAGCUCAGAAGACCAAAUCUAACAGUUACUUCACCUGCCAUCAAUGUGGAAAGAGUUUCAAUAAAAAAUAUAACCUUAAAGACCACAUGAAAGUUCACACUGGAGUGAAGCCAUUCACAUGUGAUCAGUGUGGAAAGAGUUUCAGACAUAAGUUAACCCUUAAUUCCCACAUGAAGAGAGAACACGCCGGAGAGAACGCUCUUAUAUGUCAUCAGUGUGGAAAGAGUUUCAGUACUAAAGCAAGCCUCACAACUCAUAUGAGAUUUCACACUGGAGAGAGGCUUUUUACCUGCAAGAUGUGUGGGAAGAGCUUCACAAAUAAAUCACACCUUGACACCCACAUGAGAACUCACACUGCAGAGAAACCAUUCACAUGUGAUCAGUGUGGAAAGAGUUUCGGACAUAAGUUAACCCUUAAUUACCACGUGAAGAGAGAACACGCCGGAGAGAACGCUCUUAUAUGUCAUCAGUGUGGAAAGAGUUUCAGUAGUAAAGCAAGCCUCAAAACUCAUAUGAGAUUUCACACUGGAGAGAGGCUUUUUACCUGCAGUCUGUGUGGAAAGAGCUUCCCCUAUAAAUCACACCUUGACACCCACAUGAGAAUUCACACUGGAGAGAAGCCUUUUACCUGCAAGAUGUGUGGGAAGAGCUUCACAAAUAAAUCACACCUUGAUUCCCACGUGAAAACUCACACUUCAGAGAAACCAUUCACAUGUGAUCAGUGUGGAAAGAGUUUCAGACAUAAGUUAACCCUUAAUUACCACGUGAAGAGGGAACACUCCGGAGAGAACGAUGCUAUAUGUCAUCAGUGUGGAAAAAGUUUCAGCUGUACAGCAAGCCUCAAAACUCAUAUGAGACUUCACACUGGAGAGAGGCUUUUUACCUGCAGUCUGUGUGGAAAGAGCUUCCCCUAUAAAUCAUACCUUGAUUACCACAUGAGAAUUCACACUGGAGAGAAGCCUUUUACCUGCAAGAUGUGUGGGAAGAGCUUCACAAAUAAAUCACACCUUGAUUCCCACAUAAAACUCACACUGCAGAGAAACCAUUCACAUGUGAUCAGUGUGGAAAGAGUUUCAGACAUAAGUUAACCCUUAAUUCACACAUGAAAACUCACACCGGAGAGAGUCCUUACACCUGCACACUGUGUGGGAAGAGCGUGUCAAAUAAAUCAGCCCUUAAUGCCCACAUGAGAAUUCACACAGGAGAGAAGCCCUUCACCUGCACACUGUGUGGGAAGAGCUUCUCACUAAAUGGGAAUCUCAAGGGUCAUAUGAAAACUCACACAGGAGAGAAGCCUUUCAUGUGUGACCAGUGUGGAAAAUGUUUUGCACAUGAAACAACCCUUACUAAGCACAUGAGGCUUCACUCAAGAGAGAUCUCUUUUGAAGAAAAGAAACUGCAGAGCUCUGCCAGUGGAAAGAGGCUUCGGAAAAGACGGAGUUAGAAAAAUCAUCUGCCAGUUUGCUCUGGAGGAAGGCUGUUUAAUUGUGAUCAGAUUAAUAAAACAUAUCUUUUGCCAUCACAUUUACAAAUACAUCUGAAAAGUCAUGCAGAUGUGAGAUCUUAUUUGUGUUCUUUGUGUGGGAAGCAUUUUAAAUGGAUCAGUAGUUUAAAAUGACACCAAAAAAAAUACUUACCUGUGUAAAACUUACCUACUUUCACACUGCAGCUGAAUGUGGCCCAAAUCUAUUAUUUAUAUAUUUUUAUUUAUUUAUUUUUAUUUUUUAUUAAUAUGUAUGAACUUCUGUGGCUGCACCUAGGGUUGGGUAUCGUUUUAAUUUUAUCAGUUCCGAUUACGAUUAUUUUCAGUUCCAAUGUGAUUAAAUAAUGAUAUCAAGUAUCUAUCCUGUGUCUCUUUUUUCAUAACUUUUAGUUGCAGCUGAAUACCAUGAAGAAAAAAAUAAAUAAAUCAACAGACUACAUAAAAACUGGGCUCUUUUAAGAGCUGUUUGUUUGCAGAAUAGAACUGCUUGAUUCUGCAAUAAA